AUGGGUUUAGCUGGCAGCCGCCAAGACGAAGAUAUGUUUUUGGCGAUGCUAUCGCCUAGUCAGAAGGCCCGACUAUUAAAGAGAAAGCUGUCCUCUUCUUCUUCGUCUUCUAGUCAACAGAAAAAUAGCCCACAACAAUGUCUGCAAAGAAAACCUCCCAAGGAUAAACCUCGCACAAAAUUGACUGCUGUGCUCCCACUAAUCCCAAAAGGCUAUUCAAUACAGGGUUUGGAAGCUCGAUCGACAUCUCAAGAUGACAGCAAGAAAUCUAAUGGAAGGGCUGAACGUGGUGCACUAGGACAUACACGUGCAUCUGGCUCUCUAGGCACUGACGGGCUUUAUGCCGACUUUAGCUUCUUUGCAUUUAGGCCAGCAGAAGUGGCCCACGAUUUCCACCUUCUUGACUUUCACGGCCAUGGACAUAUUUCUCGCCGUACACUGGGCAUGGCCCUUGCCAAGCAGUUCACUAAGUACGAUGUUGUCUGUACAGAGACACUCUAUAAGCUCUCUGCGACAGUUGAAGAUAUUUGGUUCAUCUGGGAGUAUGCUUACACGAGCGUCGAAGUCAUCACGUGCGAGGUAUAUGUACAAAUAUGUUACUUCUUAUAUCGCCUUCCAAAGAUCAGAGGGUUUCCUUAUCUGUUAUCGUAUUACCUUCAUGACACAAAUUACUCACAGUGUCUGUCGGCAGACGCAUUUGGUAAUGCUCUGACUGCCUUGUAUAGUAUAUCAAGCACGAUUGUUAAAAACAAGAUUCGAGAUUAUGAAAAAUCCCAUCGCACCAACAAGAAAAAUACAUUCGGCGAGGACGACUUUGUUCAUAUUUGCAACAGUCUCAAGAUCUCGGCUAAAAGGCAGCACCUAGUAGAUCAGUAUCUAUCAAAGUUACAACUCCUUGAUUCGCUCCCUCUUCUCAACACUAAGUACAAGCUUGACCCAAUAGCCUUGGCACAGCCCAAUCAGUGCACCAAUCCUGGUAUAACUGACUGCGUUGGGUCCGCUUUAGCAUAUUUUUAUUCUAUAUCGGGGACUAUAUAUAAUGACUGUACUUUGACAGCUAGCAAUCUUAGGGAAUUUAACAGAAUACGAACCAAAGAUUUUAUUUGUAAAGUUUGUGAAGAAUAUCAAUCCCAUACUAAUAUUAGUACAUCUAAAAAUCCAUUGACUAGGCUAUCAGUAGUGGGGGGCAGUACCAUAGAAGGCAAGAGAAAUGAAGACUGGAGUAGCACAUCAUCUGGUUCUACAGUAGAGGUGCUUACUCCUUUAUUCAAGAUAGUUGACGAAGACUUCAAAGCUUCUGCCAGCUGUACCACUGAAGCAAAAAAUGGAAAACUAGAUACAGUAGAAGUAGAGGAUCCUAAUACACCACUAGGGCUUACGAUGAAAAUUUCUCUAGGACUUGAUGCUCAAGACACACUUUCAGAGACACGGAGUGUUAUUUAUUCGUUUGAGGUAGAUACCCACGGCCAGCUUCAGAGGAUUCAAUCUUGCGAUGAUAAGAGGAUGACUAGGAAGUACCAAAAUAAGACUGCAACAAUGAAAGAUGCCCUUUCUCAGCGGCUUAGCAUGAUUGCGACCGUUCACGUGGCUAAAGGAUAUGUACGUGAAAUGGAUUUUGAAGGGGACAGUGAAGUCAUAAUAGCCAAAUCUGGAAGUUUCUGUUCAUAUAAGGAUGCAGACAAACUACAGAUGAUUACACACUUUCAUGCUCUUUAG